UUUCCAAUGUGACAGUGAAUAACUCAAACAAAAGUAAGUGUUCGAUACCAGUUACCUAAACGUUGCGUUAUUUAUGAUUGUGAGAUUAAGUGAAGAAGACAUAUAGAAAAUAUAAAUAUCGUGAUUCUUGCAAUUCUACUCUGUAAUUAAGUCCAAGAGAGGCGGUAGUAAAUUCUAUAAUCUUCCUUUAAAUUUUUAUAAUAUUUUCUUUUAAUAUAACAUUUUAAAAAUAUUUUUUCUUUACAAGAAUUAUCGGUAAUAUUUUUGUGUCUCCCAUAUUGUAAUUAAUCUUAUUAAACAAAGUAAACUUUCAAUACAAGUAAUAAAUCAUAAUAAGAAUCAAAGGUGCAAUUUAAUCGUGUGUCGAAAAUGCUAAUAAAAUAUCAGAGUAUCAUAGAGAAAUAUUUGAUUGACUCCUUUGACGCGUAACAGAGAAUUACAAGAAUGGAUUUCAUUUCCUUGGCAAUAUUGACUCUUUGCAUUAUUGUGAUUACUGCAAUUCUGUCAAUAGUAUAUAUUCAAUAUAAUAUUAAACAAAAACUUAAAAACAUGCCCCAGAUCAGCGGAUAUUCUCUUUUUGGCAACAUAUUUGAGAUGAUAAAGAAAUCGGAACAUGAGCGUAUGCAAUGGUUUUUGACGUCCAUGAUGAAGAACCGCAAAGAAGGAUUAUUCGUACAAUGGAUUGGACCUACGCCUUUCAUUUAUUUGUUUAAACCAGAAUAUUUAGAGAAAGUUUUUCCCAGCACCGUAAAUAUUACAAAAGGGAUGCCAUAUAAUAUGCUAACACCAUGGUUAGAGAACGGACUUCUAACAUCUACAGGUCCACAAUGGUUUCAUGAUAGAAAACUCAUCGGGCCAACGUUUCAUUUCAGUAUAUUAGACCAAUUUGCUGUAGUCAUAUCUGAAAAAGCAGAGAUCCUAACAAAAUGUCUGGAAAAAAAAAUAGAGAAAGAUUCAGGGAAAGCCUUUGACAUUUUCCCAUUUAUUGUCAAUGCUGCUCUUGAUAUUAUUUGCGAAACGGCAAUGGGUGUAGAUGUACGCGCUCAAGAAGUCGAAACCAAAUAUACGUCAACAGUACAUCAAGCAUCCAAGUUAGUAAUGCGUCGACUAUUUCGACCAUGGUAUUGGGUUGACUGGUCGUACAAUUUAGUGCCUUCAGGAAAGCAGUUUAAAUCAGUACUACAUGUAUUGCAUAGAUUUACGAAACAGGUGAUAAGUACACGAAAGGCUGAACGGCAAUCACAAAACGACUUUACAGAACUUGAAAAUGAGGACAAUGAAUUUAAUAUAGGUAAACGGAAGAGAAAAGCGUUCCUAGAUCUAUUAUUAGAUCAGAAUGCGAAAGACGAUGCUCCUUUGACCGAUGAUGAGUUAAGAGCUCAAGUAGACACGUUUAUGUUUGAGGGGCACGAUACAACUGCAGUUGCGAUAACUUGGGCACUCUUUCUUUUGGGUAAUAAUCUCGAACAUCAGGAAAAAGUUCACGAUGAGCUCGAAGAGAUUUUCGGAAGUUCGGAGACACCAGCCAGUGUAAAAGAAAUUACGCAAUUAAAGUAUCUCGACAGAAUCAUAAAAGAAACGCUCCGAAUAUUUCCGAGUGUACCUUUGAUCACGAGGAUAUUUACAGAAGAUGUAAAAUUAGAUAAAUAUAUUAUUCCGAAAGAUAUCACUAUCGUAUUGCCAAUUAUUUCGACACAUCGGAACCCAGAGGUUUGGCCAGAACCCAUGAAGUUCGAUCCGGAUCGUUUUCUUCCGGAAAAUUCGAAGGGUAGGAAUCCGUAUGCCUACGUUCCGUUCAGUGCUGGACCGAGAAACUGUAUAGGCCAAAGAUUUGCUCUACUCGAAGAGAAAAUCGUGUUAACUGCCAUCCUCAGAAAGUGGAGGGUAAAAAGCGUAAAAACGCUCGACGAUAUAAAAUACGGUGGCUCUCUGAUUUUGCGACCAAACGAAGAAGUGCUCAUACAUUUUACACCGAAGAAAUGA